AUGGCCAGAAAUGUAACCAACACAAAGAUGCUGCUCAUGUUGCAACCUUUCAAAGUUAAAAACGUAGGAAUUGUACGUUGCAUGAGCAAACUGGCAAAACAAAAGGGCCAACGUGAAAACUCCGAAAAAAUCCCCGAGGAUGCGGUGGCUAAUAAUGAAGGGCGGCAGCCGCGGGAGGAGAGGGGAGGCUGCUGGAUGCCCGACCCACGGACCGGAAUAUAUUCUCCGGCCGGACAAGAAUGGGUGAUGGAUGGUGUACCAAAUGAUGCUGCCUCAUUUAGUUGUACCUUCUGGCUGAGGAACAUUGAAGGAGUGGAUGAUUAUAAGUCGGAUGACACUGAUGGGACUAAUGCACCACAACUCUAA